UGAAUAUUAUUGCAUUGCUGUUGAAAAUGGCGUCAAGCUCGGAGCUGCCAGAAUAUUUAUCUCCAGUGAAACGUCGUAAAAUAGAACGUGAUACAUAUGAUGAAUCAGAAAGUUUAAAUAUCGAAUAUUCUGACGAUAAAAACACACAGGAUUCACAUCGUGGUGAUAUUGAAGAACCUCUAAGUGGUGAUAGUGGAUUUGCCGAUAUGAGUGAAGGAUCAAAAUCAAUGUCAAUAACACCAGAUCCAACACAAUCAUCAUCAACUGAUGAAUCAACGAGAGCUGAUUCAACUAGUGAUGACACUGGUUGCCUACUUGAUACAGCAGAUGAAAAAGACGAGGUAUCAUCAACCGUGUCAAAUUUAUCUGACUUAUCUGGUUUAUCAGAUUUAUCUGAGGAAACUGGUCACUUGUGGAGAAAUGCAUCAUCAUGGGUACAAAAACAAAUGUUAACUGGUGCUGAUCCACGUGAACUUCUUCAACAUUUACUUAUGGAUCCAACACAAAUACCAGAUAGAGUUGAUGAUUUAACACUUUGGAAACUUGUAUUAAAUAUAAUGUCUGAUCCACCAAGACGACAAAAAUUAAAUCAUAUUAAUACAUUAACAGAUGUUGUUAGAUUAAUACAAAAUAGUAAAAAAAUAAUAGUACUAACUGGUGCUGGUGUUAGUGUUAGUUGUGGUAUACCAGAUUUUAGAAGUAGAGAUGGUAUAUAUUCACGUCUAGCACAAGAUUUUCCAGAUUUACCAGAUCCACAAGCAAUGUUUGAUAUAAAUUAUUUUGGUCAAGAUCCAAGACCAUUUUUUAAAUUUGCACGUGAAAUAUAUCCUGGACAAUUUAAACCAAGUCCAUGUCAUAGAUUUAUUAAAAUGUUAGAAAAAAAUAAAAAAUUAUUACGUAAUUAUUCACAAAAUAUUGAUACACUUGAACAAGUUGCUGGUAUUGAAAAUGUUAUUGAAUGUCAUGGUUCAUUUGCAACAGCAUCAUGUACAAAAUGUAAAUAUCAAGUUACAGCUGAAGAUAUUAGAGAAGAUAUAUUUGGUCAAAGAAUUCCAUUAUGUAAAAAAUGUACUAAAAAUGCAUUACCAUCAUUAACAAAUUCAAUAACAAAUGAUAAAAAUUAUAGUGAUUUAGUUGGACAAGGUAUUAUGAAACCAGAUAUUGUAUUUUUUGGUGAAGGUUUACCAGAUGCAUUUCAUGAUGCAAUUGCUAAAGAUAAAGAUGAAUGUGAUUUAUUAAUAGUUAUUGGUUCAUCAUUAAAAGUACGUCCAGUAGCACUUAUACCAUCAUCAAUACCAUCACAUGUACCACAAAUAUUAAUUAAUCGUGAAUCAUUAUUACAUCUUAAAUUUGAUGUUGAAUUACUUGGUGAUGGUGAUAUUAUUAUAAAUCAAUUAUGUCGAUUAAUGGGUAAUCAAUAUGAAGAUAUAUGUUGGAAAAAAAAUAUAUUAGAUGAAACACCACAUUUAUUACCACCAAGAUUUGUUGAUGAUCCAUGGGAUAGAAGUCGUGAUACAUCAACAACACAUGAUUAUUCACAAGAUAAUAGUACAGAAGAAUUAUUUAAAACAAAUCAUAGCCAUCAUCAUAAUCAUCAAAAUAAUAUAUCAAAUGAAAGCCAAGAUAGUUUAUUAAUAAAUGCAAAUACAACACCAAAACAUAUGGAUAAUUCUGAUAUAUGUAUAUCACCAUUUCAUGCUGGACAUAUGGACAGUGGAGAUGCUAGUUUUUCAUUACUUGGUGAAAGUCCAAAAAGACGUCUUGGUGAUUCAAGUGUUGAAAGUAGUCCAAAAAGAAUACAUCUUGCAAAUUCAUCAAUAUCAUCUGAUACAACAAUAACAUCACCAUCAUCAUCAUCAUCGACGGCGGCGACGACGACAACAACAGCAGCACAAAACACAUCAAUUGAUAAUGAUAAAAUAAAUACAGCAUCAAGAUAUACACGUGUUAUAUCGGUUGAAUCAACAUCAGAAAAUAAUGGACAAAUAUUUAAUUUAGAAGAAUGUCAUGUUGUGCCAAGAAUAAUUGAUAAUUCACAAGAUUCAAUACAAUCAUCAAUUGAUCAAACACAAUCAUCAAUUGAUUAUACAAAUGAUAAUGAUUUUGUUAUAAAUGAUGAUGAACAAAUUGAUAAUGAUAAAUUAAAUAUUAAAGCAAGACAUGCAUCAAUUGAUUCAGCAAUUGAUUCUGGUAUUGGUGAUAGUUGUAAUAGUGUUGAUAGUCGUGAUGAUAAAGAUGGAACAGCUGAUUUAGAAAGACGUUGGCAAACAGAUAUGAAAGAAAGUCUUGCAAGUAGAUUACCAGAUAAUACAUAUUAUCAAGUAUCACCAGGUAAAUAUAUAUUUCCUGGUGCUGAAAUUUAUUUUGAACCUGAAGAUUUUGAACAGUGUUCACCUUCAUCACGAUCUCCAACAGUAUCAUCGAUAACAUACGCUGAAGACAACCGAGCAACGUAAGAUCAUCAGCAAUAUAUAAUGGUAAUUUAAUAAAUAAAAAAAUUAAUUAAUUAAAUAAUUAAAUGUAACGUGAGGUUACGAAAUCGUGCAAUUUAGUUCUUUCACAUCUGUAAAAUAUAUAUAUUGCUGACUCUUAUUAGCAAAUUAAUUCAACAGUUGUGAUGGAACUCUAAAAAAAAAAAGAAAGAAAGAUGUUAUCACAAAGUUCGAUUUAUUUGCCACACUUUUCGGAAAAGUUGGUGUGUUUAUCAAUGUAACAUUGCUAAAGAGUCAAUCAGUAAGAAAAAAAAAAAAAAAAGAAAAGACCUGUUUAAAGACUCAAUUGUAAAUCAGAGUAUUAAAAAUCGAAUUUCACGUUUUACUAUAAUAUCAGAUAAUAACGUCUUCCAUCAAUUUUUGAUCUUUCGAAUAUUGCCAAAUUGAUUGAUUAUUAUUUCUUUUGUUUUUUCGUUGCUGUGAUUUUUAAUUUUUAAAGCUAAAAAGCUCUAUUUAAAUUCAAAAAUUAUUCAACAAUCUAAGCUUAAAUUUUAAAUUUCAAAAAUAAUUUAAUUGUACAGACAAAAUUAAUCGUAUUUAGCAAAAUAAAUGUGCAUAAUAAAACGAAGCAUAAAGUAAUACUAGCUAUGCAAAUUUUAAUAGAUACUAAAUUAAUUACAAACUAAAAAAAAAAAAGAUUUAAUCUUGUAUCUUCUAAAGACAAACGUUUGGAUUUUACACAUACUUCAAUGAUUGUCUUUAGAAAUUGAUUAAUAAUUUUUUUUUCAUUUUAAAUAAUAAUAAUAUAAUUAAUUUCAUAAACUGAAUAAUUUAUUUAAACGUAUAUCUAAUUUUUCAAAAUCAUAGAAACUUUUUUUAAUUAUUUUGUAUUAAUAUUAAAUAUUAUUUAUAUAUUUUAAUUUUUUUUUAGUUGAAAUUUCAAAAAGUACAUUUAUCUUUUUUCUAAAAUAUUUGAUCGAUUUUGAUUCCCUGGUUUCUCUGGGUCACAGGCAAAAUGUACAAAGCAAUGCCCGAUAUCUAUGCAUUGCGUGUUAUUUUUUAUAUUAAAAAACGAAAAAAACGAAAAAAAAAAAUAAAAAACAAAUGUGUUGUGUGACUUGAGAAAAAUUGUAUAAAAAUAAAUUCGCGAAAUAAUAUAAAUUAUCGUAAUAAUUAGGUAAUAUUCAUGGCGAAUUAUGUCGUGUGAAUUAAUAAGGUUGUGUGAAUGUUAACUGUGAAAAAAAAAAAAACAAAAAUAUAUUUAAAUUAAAAAAAGAACAAAUAAAAAAAUUAAUAGAAAAUUUAUGAAAAAUUAAAAACGCGAUAUUAUUAGUGCUUAUUUAUAAAAUUUAAAUUUAUCACGUAUUAGCUACAUAGCUAAUGUUUUUUUUUUUCACUAAACAAAAAUUAUUUAUACAGUAAAAUAAAUAAUAUAAAUUGCACACUGGUGCUACAAUGAGAAAGAAAGAAAGAUAAAAAAAAAAAAGAAAAAUUAAAUAUAAAUCAGCUGACAUUUUUAUUUAAAUUAAUUUUUGCUUUGUACAAACUUGCACUUAUUUAUAAUUAUUGAAAAGAAAAGAAAAAAAAAAAAAAAAACUACAACAAAAGGAUACCUAGUUUUUUUUUUUUUUUUUUUUCUCUCUAAAUUAAAACUUUUUUUUAUUUAUAAUUAAAUUUCGAAAUCGCAAUCAUGGUAUCGGAUUAUUUAUUAAAAUAUAAAUUAAGUAAAAAAUAGAAAAAAGAAGAAAAAAAAAUCACAGUCAUUGGUAGAACUGAAAAAAAAAAAAAAAUUAAAAAGAAAGAUAAGAAAAAAAAUUUUAUAUUAUCUGGCGAAAGAUGAACCGAUUUCUUUCAACAGUACUGACUUUUUUUUUUUUUUAUUUUUUCAAAUAUAAGUUUAUAAAACUUACUGUAUGUAAAUAUUUAUUAUUAUUUUUAUUAUAGGAAGCCGAUUAUUUUGUCAAAAUGGAUUUAACUGUUUUUCAUCAUAUCAUAUUUUAUUAUUACUAUUAUAAUAUUUUUUUUUUUCUUUUUUUAUAUUAACAAUUUGUUAUUUGAUGAAUUUCAGAACGAUGCCAAAAUGACAAAAUACUCGGGCACAAAAAUUCUGAGUUUUUUAUAAUUUGUUAUUUAAUAUAGUUAAAAUAAUAUAAAAAAAAAAAAAAUGAAAAAAUGAAGUGUUCUCUUUAUUAUUAUAAAUGUUGUAAGAAUUUUUGUUUCUUCCGGUAUUACUAACUUAUAAGUUAAAAACGUGAAUUAAACACUUUUUAUAUUAUUAAAAAAAAAAAGAAAAAAAAUUUAAAAAAAAAGCAGUUUAUUUAUUAUGUUACCUGAUUACAAUGAUGAAUAAAAUUAUCAAUCAUUUUGUCGAUAAUAUUAUCAAUAAAAAAAUAAUUCACUUACAUUAAAUUCAUUGGUGUGAGUGUGUGUUGGUCUAAACUAUUUUUCUACUAUUAAAUAUUGUCUAAUAAAUAAUAACAAACUAUUAAAAAAAAAAAAA